UGUACAACGUACUCGGACAGCAGCUCAUGAAAUCUAUUUACCAUGACACCGUCUGAACAGAUCGCCGCUGCUGAAGAACGGUGAUUGAUUACUAAUUAUCUUGGUGCAUGUUUUCCGAUGAGUCUAAGCAGCUGCGGAGACACAAUGCACGUCUCUUCCCGAGAGUAAUUUCUCGGGAGUGGGAUGUGUGAUUGGCAGCCGGGAAUCUAUUUAUACAGUCCACUCCGGUUUUGUGGUGCGAGCCGAGGGACAGUGAAGAUGAUUCGCGCCCUAGCAGGCCAGAUGAAAAUAAAUUCGGCUCUGUGCGGGCAGGCUCCGCUUGUUAAAAGUCUGAGGUCUCUUGGAAAGACUUUCAUGCCUAACUCACAGGUCAUGACCCGGAGAGGAAUUCGCACAGAGGUCCUUGCAACCCAGGGAAUUCCAGGACACAGGCCCUCGAAGUUUGACAGAAUGAUUCUUCUCUGGUCUGGCCGGUUCAAGAAAGAGGAGGACAUUCCUGCCACAGUUUCAUUUCAGACGCUAAAUGCAGCGAGAAACAGGGCUCGGAUAAAGACUUGCUACAUCAUGAUUGGUUUAACCAUUUUGGGCUGCUUUGCUAUGAUUGCAUCUGGAAAACAGGCUGCUAAACGACACGAAUCACUUGCCAGCUGGAAUCGAGCAAAAAAGGCAAAAUGGAAAGAAGAAGCUCUACAGGAGCAGCAAACCUCAACGGCCAUUUCUGCGGCUAAAUCCCGAUAACCUUGUGCAAAGAAACUGCAAAAGUCAUACAGAUUGAAGUUAAUUCAUGCAAGAUAGAAGCUACCAAAAAUGAUUAACUCAAGACUUACAUGUAUAACCCACAUUUAUAUACUCUAUAGCCAUAUUUAAUUAUAGUGUCACAUUAUCCCCCACUGUAAAAAAAUUACUAAUCCACAGGAGUGUACUUUAAUUUGAUAGCCAUUUUUUCCUUCCAGACAUAUUAAAUUUACCCUCAAAAUUUUCAAACCUUAAAAGAACUCUUCACUAAUAUACUGUCCAUAAAUCAAAUACUCUUUAAAUACAGGAUUAAAACAAAAGUUCCUAUCAGUUAUAAAUUUUAGAUCUUUCUAGGCUUUUAAAGAAAAUAACGGUAGGAUCGAUUGGGAAUAAAUAGUGUAUGUAGAGAUUAACAACCAAUGCAAAAUCCCAUGAAAAAGUAGUUUUGGUUGUGCAACAAUUAAUAGAUUCAAACCUUACAAGUUGAACACAUAACCUAUGAUGACUGUAAUAUGCAUUAAGAUACAUCCCCUCAGUAAAGGAGUGAUUCACAAUUAACUCCUUGGAUGACACAUUAAAGAUGAUGAAAUUAAAGACUAUAAGAUAUAGGAGCAAAAUUUGACUAGUCACCUCAUAAGUCUGCUCUGGUAUUCCAUUACCCCUCUCAACCGUUGACAUCCUUAAAUACACCCAAUGACUUGGCCUUCCUAGUCAUCUCUGGCAAUGAAUUCCAGAUUCACCACCCUCUGGCUAAGAAAUUCCUCAUCUGUUCUGAAGGGAUAUCCUUGUAUUCUAGGGCUGUGCCCUCUAGUCCUAGACUCCCCCACAAGAGGGAACAUCCACUCCAUGUCCACUCUCUCUAAGCUUUCCAAUAUUCAAUAGGUUUCAAUGAGAUCCCCCUCUUCAUUCUUCUAAACUCCAGUGAGUACAGAGCCAAAGCCAUCAAACGCUCCUCAUACCCUUUCUUUCCUGGGAUCAUUCUCGUGAACACCUCUGGACUUUUCUCCAGUGCCAGAUCAUCCUUUAAGGUGAGGGAGCCGUUCUCAAAAUGAACGCCAACAUUGCAUUUGACUUCCUUACCACUGACUCAACCCGCAACUUAAAGAGUAAGAUUCUCUCUAUAUUUCCAGUUACCAUUCCUUCCUGAACUAUCAGAAGCCAAGCAACUAUUUUUUUUUUAAUUAUUUGGGACAUUAAUGCAAAAUCCAGCUACUCCAUUGUAUAAAGACCAUUAAGAUACAGGAGCAGAAUUAGGCCAUUUAGCCCAUUGAGUCUGCUCUGCCAUUUCAUUAUGACUGAUCCAUUUCCCUCUCAGCCCCAAUCUCCUGCCUUCUCCCUGUAUCCCUUCAUGCCCUGACUAAUCAAAAUUGCAUUUAACUUGCCAUAUAGACAAAGUAACUGAUAGCAAAAUAAUUCAAUAUUGUACAAGGGCUCUUCAUAGCUAAAAAAUAGACAACCAUUUACAAAUGUAUAAUUAAUCUCUUUAAAAAUAAGUUGCUUUAGGACAAUUAGUGCCUGGAUCACGUCAACAAUAAGAUGUAGGAACAGAAUUAGGCCAUUUGGCCCAUCGAGUCUGCUCCACCAUUUCACCCAUUUUUCUUCCAAUCCCCAAUCUCCCUA